AUGGACCUGCAGUUGGUGCAAAAGGGUCUUCUUGAUUAUACCAGAAGAAAGAAGAGGUGGGCUCUUUGGUUAGCAGCUCUUGGUUUCUCUACUUAUACUGCCUAUAAAGUUUAUCACCUUCCUUCAGUAUCUGCUAAAAGAAAGAGAAUUUCCAAAAUUUUUGGAGCUUUAAUUGCUAUUGCAGAAGUUAUCUCUGAUUCUGCUGAAACUAUUGGGUUUUUUUCUAAGGAUCUUAAAGAUUUUGUUCAAUCCGAAUCAGACCAAAUUCCCAAUAGUUUGAAGCAAAUUUCUAAAGUGACAAGGUCAAAUGAGUUCUCUGAUGCACUAGUUACCCUUACACAAGCUUUAACUAUGGGAAUUUUGCGUGGUUAUCAAUCCAAUGCUAGAAUUCAUCAUGAUGCUGGUGCUAAUGGGAAUGGAAGUCCAAGUUUCCUGGAUAAGGUUUUUGACAAGCUUGCUUCUCCAGCUGGGUGUGGUUUUGUUUCUGUUGUUGUUGGAAGCUUUGCUAGGAACUUGGUUAUGGGCUUUUAUGAAAGUGGUCUGAAUUCAAAUUCAGAUUUGAAUGCUGGUGGUGCUGGUGGUCAUGAUUCUGUUCAAAACUUGGUGGAUGCGGUUUGUAGUGAUAAGUGCAAAGAGCUGAUUGGUGAUUGUAUUCAGUUAUUUGUGAGCACGGCAGUUGCGGUUUACCUUGACAAAACUAUGCAUAUCAACACCUAUGAUGAAAUUUUUGCAGGAUUAACCAAUCCCAAGCAUGAAACCGAAGUGAGAGAGGUGUUGGUAUCAGUCUGUAAUGGUGCAAUCGAGACUCUUGUCAAGACAUCUCAUCAAGUUUUGACAACUGAUGAUUCUAACACGAAUUCGAGUUUCGAUUCCCCUUGUUUGGCUAUUGAUCAAGGAGAAAGAGCAAUGGAGGAUGAGCUCUCUGGGAAGGAAUCAUAUUUUAGUGAAUCUAAACCAAGAAAAUCAUUUGAUGAGGCUAAGGAGAAUGGGUGGGUUAAUAAAGUGUCAUCUACAUUGGCAGUCCCAAGCAACAGGAGGCUUGUUCUCGAUGUGACUGGGAGGGUGACAUUCGAGACUGUUCGGUCUUUCCUGGAGUUUCUUCUGGGGAAGCUAUAUAAUGGAAUAAGGAGAUGUGUUGCUGUUGUUCAUGAAGUUGUUGUUGGCUGUGGUCUUGAAGUUGUGAGAUAUGUCAAUACAAAAUCCUCUGUUAUUGCAACUGCAUGCAUUUCUUUGUGCUUGCACAUAUUGGAUGGUGAUUUGGUUCUGGUUCCAGCUUAA